CGACGACCGGCGUCUCAGUGUCGUCGCGACGACCGACGGUUGCAUCCACUGUGCUCCGCCGACGGCGAGACGCGUAGGUCGCGUACGGGCCCGCCGGGAUCCAAAUACGCAGCGCCCUCCCGCGUAAAUCGCCCACCCCCGUAACUUGUCUACGCGCGGCGGUUCGCGCUGAAAGAAGAGAGCUCGGGAAAGUUGGUCGGAUCAGCCGUUGUUGAGACCCGAAAAUCCGAGGGCCCGCCAAACCCCCCGGCUCUAGCUACGCUUACACUUGGCGCGGGACACGGUGGUGUCUCGCGACAAAGAGGAAGCCAACCCUCGGCGCUGUCACGCCGUGGUUCCACGGCGAGCUCCCUCAAGGCCCGGGGCUGCACCUACGCCGAAAUGGCGCGGCGCGGCGCACUCCUCCGAGGAACAUGGGAAAACUGUACCAUGCGCUUUAUAUAGAGCCCAGAUGCUCCGGCGCACGCGAGUCCCUCGCCGCUUGAAUUCGCGUGGGCGAGUCAACGUGCGUUAAAUCUCGCGUACGGGCCUCGCCGACUCGAUCGCCAUUGCGUUUUUCGCGCCGGUCCCCUCGCGCGCCCCCGUCGCGCGCCCCCUCGAGUCGCGAUGCGUUGUUCACCGUAAAAAGUCGUUCGCCGGCUAGAAGCUCCCAUCAAUUUUUCCUUCGUUUCUGCGAGCGGCGAGAGCCACGUCGGUCCGAUUUACGUGUCGAGAUGCCCCGUCGGUUUUGUGACUCGUGAGUUUUUUCGAACGGGUCUGCGCCACGCGAUAUCGCGCGAGUAAGAACAGAAGAGGAGUAGGAGUAGGAGGAGGAGGAGGAGGAGGAGGAGGAGACGGUGGUGACGGAAGAGGAGAAGGAGGAGGAGGUGACGGACUCUAAUUUGAGUUCGCGAAUCGCUCGUACCUGACAAUGGAUGAGUUCCAUCCAUUUAUCGAGGCUCUUCUACCAUUCGUGAAAUCUUUCUCGUACACAUGGUUCAACCUACAAGCUGCCAAGAGGCGAUACUAUAAGAAACACGAAAAGCGGAUGAGUUUAGAGGAGGAACGUCAGUGUAAAGAGGAGCUUCAGAACGAGAAGCUGGAAGUAAAACAGAAAUGGGCCUCGCGGCUUCUCGGAAAGUUGCGGAAGGACAUCACGCAAGAGUACCGAGAGGACUUCGUUUUGAGUAUCACGGGGAAGAGACCAGCGAUGUGCGUUUUGAGCAAUCCUGAUCAAAAGGGUAAAAUGCGUCGAAUCGAUUGUCUUCGUCAAGCGGACAAGGUAUGGAGGUUGGACCUAGUUAUGGUGAUCCUUUUCAAGGCAAUUCCAUUGGAAUCGACAGACGGCGAACGACUGGAGAAAACUGCGGAAUGCGCGCAGCCAGGACUUUGCGUCAACCCUUACCACAUCAACGUUUCCGUCCGGGAACUGGAUCUCUAUCUCGCCAAUUUCAUCACGAGUCACGAGGUACUUAACGGCAUCUGUAACGCCAGCAAGGAGGACGACAGGCGUCGAAAAGGUACAGGAUACCAUGAACUAUAUAAUGGUGUCGUCUGCAAUGAUACGAUCCUCGCGACAGGUGUCUUCAGCUCCAAAGAGCUCUGGAUGCUUUCAAAAGCGUCCAUACUGCAUGACCUCAGCGACAUGCAGCCUCAAAUAAACGCGAUCAAAAUAGAGCACCCGCCGUACUACUGCAGCAGCUAUACCCCACCAUCCGCAGCCACGACCGCGGAUCACGUUCAGCCGGCGGCUAGCUUCAGUCCACCACCAGUUCAUCAAUUAAUAAGGAACGAUAAGACUGAGAAGCCGCCGACAGUCACGGUUUCGAGUGCACCGACAUUUUCGUCGGUCCUCAGGCCGGAAGAUGGACACCGAGGAAUAGAAUCCCCGCAUUCGCAAACGGGAUUGCAUUCGCCUCACGAAGGACUAACCGGUGGCUCCGGUCAAAGUAUGCCUGGACUCGCUUACUAUCAGCCGGAACAUCCUAGCUCUACAGGGGUAGUAAAGUAUCCUGAGAAUGGACACGACACUCUUUCAGACUUUGUGACGUUUGUCUGUCAAGAAGCCGAAAACACCCAGCAACUUUCUCAGACGCAGCUAACCGGAUCGCGCACCGGUAUACAAAAGUUCCCGCAGUAUUAUCCGAGCUCGAUGUUACCGCCGCCGCCACCUGCCCCCAUGGCCAGACCAGUGGCGAUAAUAAGAUCGACGGGCGAGCUAGCAGCGACGACCGCCAGCUCGCCACCAACAUCGUCCACGUCGCCCACAGACCCAGCCGAGCUGGGGCCUAACCAGGAACAGAUGACCGCCGCGGCGGUCGGCCUAGUCGGUUCCGCUUGCCAGAAUUCUGUCGAAUCCGCCGGACGAAAGAGCCCCGCCAGAAUUCUCGUUGCACCGCACACCACCAGUAGGGAAUAUACAUUUGCUCAUUUUCACUCGCAACCCGGACAGCAAAUAUUCACGUAUCCGACCAUUAGCUCAAUGUCUGGGGUAAUUUCACCGACUAAUUUGUCUCUAUUCUCGUCUCCUGUUUCGGUAACGAGACCGGUAGCUACUCAAAGGUCGGUUUCUAAUGUCCCACCGCGUUGGAAUACCGCGCCAUUUAUCAAUUUGGAAGACGAUUAUAACAUGAUCGCACCGAUCAUCGCUGGGACGAACAGCGAGCCACCGACUGCCAUGGACGAAGAACGGUAUUUUCAUCCUGUGCACACGAGUGGCGUAGUGGAUAAAAAUGGCAGUGGUAAUUUAAUAGGCAACGAACUAGGAGUAAACACAGAUCCUACAUCGCAUCAUCAUCAACAGCACCCACAGCAGCAGCAGCAGCAACAAGUACAACAAGCAUCUUCGCAACAACAGCAGCAACAAGUAAUGGCAGAUAAAUCAAGCGGGCCUAAAUCUCCUCCGUGACAAUGGAGUCUGAGAACGGAAAGUCUCGAAAGACUCACAAACUCAUCGUGUUUGUCAGGAUCGGUACUUAGAGUUGCAUAUAAUAAUUAUGCCGAAGUCACGGACGAAGCCGGGUUCGAGAAUAAUUGCCAGGAAGCUAUGCCUCGUAUUCAAUUACGUGAUUUAAACUUGCGGAAAAUAGAAUGCUUAAGAGUUCGAUCUUAAUCUAUACAUUAUAAAGUGAGAGAAUAAGAAUGCUUUUUAAGGAAUGCGAUUGAGAAAAACAAAGAGAGAUCCGUUGAUUCAUAUUUAUCAGAAUGGAUUAGUACUAUACAAAGUUUCAUAUUGUGACAACCUAACCAAGUAUUCUAUAGUUAGUUUAUCAUGCAGUAGAAUGCGCGACGCUUAGAAUAGCUGUAAGUUAACGUCGCCGUGCAUGCCUUACCUUGCUCGAGAACAGAAACUUGUCUGCGUACAGUAUCGUACAAAGAAAUAUUGUUCAAGCUAUAAUGUAACGUAUUUAGAUAAAAUGACAAAUUUCAAAGUUUCAAAAGUUGGUACAAACAGCUGAACACGAUAUUACUAUUGUAUUGUUUUGAUCUGUAGAUAAUUACGUAAACUGCACUUGUAUCAAUCGAUACACGGUCCACACAUGAGUUACAAAUAAUGAUCUAAAUCGUUUUUCUUUUCAUUUCUUUGUCUCCUCAUCCCCUUUCUUCCUAUCUCUUUCUCUUUCUCUUUUUCAUAGUUUUUAUGGCUCGAGAUAUACAAAUGAGAGUAUCCGAGUUCGCUUAUUCACGCUAUUUAAGCAAUUCUUUCGAAGCUCGCGACCACAAUUGUUGCGUAUUGCAAUAUGCUAAUUUUCCAGUGCUGCAUUAUAAUUAAAAAAAAUUCGUUAUCGUCAGCAAAAUUAUUAUGAUAUGCCCGCAAAUACGUUCUUUCUAAUAAAUAUAAAAUUACAAUGUUA